GUCCGGUCCAGGCUGACUAGUUGUGACCACGUCCCUCAACUUGGAUGUAUUGACCAUACGCUCUUUAAUCAUUCAGUUUAUUCAGUAAGAUGGACUUCGACGCAAUUCUGCAAGAUGUAGGCGAAUUUGGUCGCUAUCAGAAACUGGUGAUCUACCUGGUGUUACUGCCAGCUGUAAUACCUUGCGGCUUCCAUGCAUAUGCACAGCUCUUCAUGGCUGGUGACGUAAAGCACUGGUGCAAGAUACCUGAACUGGAGGGUUACGAUGUAGAAGUUGUAAAGAACUUGAGUAUACCAUUGGAACUUCGGAACGGUGUUCAAGAAUAUUCCCAAUGCAAUAUGUACGAUUUGAAUUACACCGACAUUUUAAACCGAUACACGACACUCGAAGACGCUGCCAUAGACGGAGAAACUGCCGAAAUUGUACCUUGUAGGAACGGAUGGAUGUACGAAAACGUGGUUUAUCAAAGCACGGUGGUAACAGAAUGGAAUCUAGUGUGCAACAAGAACUUUUUUCCCACACUCGGUCUGGUACUUCUAGCAGUUGGUGGUAUCAUUGGAAACUAUAUAUUUGGUUACCUUCAAGAUACAAUCGGUCGAAAGCCGUCGUUCUUCAUAUAUCUUGUGAUCGAAUGUAUAUUUGGCGUGGCUACUGCGUUCGCGCAGAAUUAUUAUGUUUGGAUUGUGUACAGAUUUGGUGUGGGAUUCACUGUACCGGCGAUAAUGGCCACUCCGUAUGUUUUGGCCAUUGAAUUAGUGGGACCAAAGUGUCGAACCCUCUGCACAAUACUCUCAAACAUAGCGUACUCCAUGGGUCUCAUACUCCUGGCUGGUGUGGUCUACCUCGUUAGAAACUGGCGGCACCUAGCUUUGGCUACGACGCUUCCUUUUAUAUGCUUCUUUCUAUAUAUUUGGCCAAUGCCAGAAAGUCCAAGAUGGCUACUCGCGAGGGGACAAUUUGAAAAGGCUGAAGUUAUCUUGAAGAAAAUGGCCAGAAUUAACGGAAAAUCUUUGCCAAAGAACUACAUGGUCCAUCUUCGGCGUAAAUACGAAUCUGACAAACUGAAACAAGAUCUUGAAAAAGAAAAAUCUCGAAAAUAUGGAAUUUUAGAUUUAUUUAGAACUCCGAAUUUACGAAAGAAAACAAUAAUUAUCACAUUUAUUUGGUUCACAAACACAAGUGUGUACGUCGGCUUGUCAUAUUACGCACCGGUUUUGGGAGGAGAUGAAUUUUUAAACUUCUUUCUGGCGGGAAUCGUAGAGUUGCCAACUUAUUUAUUUUUAUGGCCGUCUAUGGAACGUCUAGGUAGACGAUGGACGUUGUGUAUGAGCAUGGUGGUUGGCGGAAUCGCAUGUUUGACCACAUUUUUAGUGCAACAUGAAGAAAAUGUAACACUUGCUUUGUACUGCGUGGGAAAGAUGGGUAUUUCGUCGUCAUUUGUAGUGUUACCACUUAUGGCUUCCGAACUAUACCCGACAGUAGUAAGAGGGCUGGGCAUGAGCUUAAGUUCUGUUUUGGGCAUGUUGGGACCUAUAUUUAUACCACUUGUUAAUUAUUUGGGCUCUGAUAUUAUGGUUUUACCCUUGAUCAUCAUGGGAGCGUUACUGGUCGCUGGUGGAAUAGCAAGCUUACUUCUUCCAGAAACGCUGAACCAGCAUCUUCCACAGACUUUAGAAGAUGGAGAGAAAAUGGGCCUUGAUACAGAUUUCUGUUGUAAUCCGCCAGUUAAAGAACCUACAGAUGAGGAAGAAAAUGAUAGUCCCUGCAAACAUUGUAAUGCUCUGUGUUCGUGUCAAAUGGUCAAUAUGCCUUUAAAUGAAAAUGUAAAUACUGAAAAAGAUCUAGAUGCUGUUGAAUUCAUUUUAGUUAAGUGAAGAUAGAAUUUUUAACGUAAGCAAACAUUAAAAUUUACA